ACAAAAAACAACUCAAAGGCAGCAGAAUUUGCUCGGCUCUUCGAAUUAUUUGACCGAAUUGCGACACGGCGCGCUAGGGGGUCGACGGAACUAGCGAUCUCGAUGGACGACAUCCAAUCAGUUCCUCCCGAAUUCGCACCAGUCCUGAAGAAUUUGUCUGCUGUUCUUUCGUUACGUGCUCAACGCGACCAAGAGCGUCUCCGCAAGCCAACGGGACGCCCCCGCCGCAAUACUGUCGGUGUUGCACCCGCGACGCAGAAUGGCAUUGACGUAGCAAGGGAUGUAGGGAGCCCUAUAUUUCCCCUUGAAGAGCAUCAUCCGUUUACAUUCAAGCUUAUGCUCCACAAAUUAUACAACGUCGACGAAUGGGCCGAAAAGGUGAAGAGUGCUGUGGAAGCGUCAAAGGAACAAUUUAAACCCCUAGCGGAGAGGAUGCAGAAGGCGAUGAAGGAGGGCACAGGGGCGGAAAGAGUUGUAGGAAGGAAUGCCGCGCGGUCUAGGAGUCAGUCCGCGAUAAACCCAAAGUCCAAGGGGAAAGCGAUUUCCCGAGAACAAGUUCCCGCAUCGCCAGCACGUGCGAAUGACUUCAGCCGAGUGUUGAAGAAACGCUGCGUCGGGAGGCGCAAAUCUAUCAGUGGGCCACUCGCUGGGGGUGUAUGGGUUUACGAUGCAGCCAUAUCUGCUGUCGAGUUGGAUGGCGGUCGCCCAUCCCUGGAAAUUACGAUCUCAAAGUCUAAAGACAUCUUGAAUAAUACCGGUGUUCGGUCCCGUCACCAGUCUCUCGCUGGACUGGAGGGUAUUCAGGAUCGGGACACGACUCGUAGGAAGGUCAGAAUUGCAGUGCCC